AUGCCGCUGGUGCUGACUUGGCUCUGGAGAGGAGGAGGAAGGAGGGGGGAGUGGGAAAUGGAGAAGGUGGGGGAGGAGGAGGAGGAGGAGGAGGAGGAGGAGGAGGAGGAGGAGGAGGAGGAGGAGGAGGAGGAGGAGGAGGAGGAGGAGGAGGAGGAGGAGGAGGGAGGCGGGAGUGGGGGGUCAGGAGCUAUCUGUAAGGCACUCGCCUCUGUUCCCUCACCUGCUCCCAUCAACCACCCACCUGCCAUCAACCACCCACCUGCCAUCAACCACCCACCUGCCAUCAACCACCCACCUGCCAUCAACCACCCACCACCCACCUGCCAUCAACCACCCACCACCCACCUGCUCUGGAAGACCCAUGUGAGCACGAGCACGGUUAUCUGCGAGGCAGCUGCCAGAGAGCCAUGCGCCAUCUACAGACAGGACUCAGUGAUCUCUCACCUGCUCUGGAAGACCCAUGUGAGCACGAGCACGGUUAUCUGCGAGGCAGCUGCCAGUGAGCCAUGCGCCAUCUACGGCACAGGACUCAGUGAUCUCUCACCUUCUCUGGAAGACCCAUGUGAGCACGAGCACGGUUAUCUGCGAGGCAGCUGCCAGUGA